AUGAUGUUUGCGAAUCAAAAUAAAUCUUCCAAACUUGGAAAUCAAUUAAAAAGUAUUCUACAUACAACAAAUAAUUCAGCGACUAAAAUUAAAUCUAUAAAUAGAGAAGUGAAAUGGUCAAAAAAUACCAAUGAGUUUCGUGAAGAAUUCAUUACAAGUGAUGGUAUACAAGCUUUAAAUACAUUUGUUAAUUGGUGUCAUGAACAAAGAUUAUUGAAAUUACGUGAACAAGCUAAAGUAGAACAAUUACAUUUUGAUAAAUUGAAACAACAGCUUAAUGAAACUGAAAAAGAAACUGUCAUUCAAAUGAAAAAUGUUAACAAUAAUGAUGAUAUUCAACAGCAUAAAGUGGUUAUGCUAUUACCACCAUUGAAUGAAUUGGAAAGAUGUGUUGUACGUUUAGGUGAAUCACAUGUAACUGAAAGACGUAAAUGUUGUAAAACAAAGAAUAUUCUUCAACCAUGGAUUAAUAAUGUACAACAAACAAAACAUGGAGAUAUUAUGAAAAGUCAAAGUUUACGUGAUCCAACUCAACCUUCAUAUGCACAACCCUGGAUAUCAUAUAAAAAUGCAUUGACAGGACAUUUCCCACCAAAAAUACACAUAAAACCAACAGAAUGUAAUAUUUUACCAUUUGAUAAACAUCAACCUUUUAAAGAAACUUUAAAACAAAAGCUUUCAGAAAUUGAAACACUACAAGUGAAUGUAACUAAUUCAAAGAAACGAAAUAUUUCAAAACAUAUUAUACCUUGCGUUAUCAAUGAAAUGGAUAGUAAAGAUUUAGACAAUUAUCAUAAAUUCCUAUGUUCACUAAUUUAUGAUGAAGAGAAAAGAUCGAAUUCAGUAGUACAUUGGUUCAUACCAAUAAUGUCGUCAUGUCUACUACCUUUACCUAUAAAACAAAGGAAAUUACCUCAUAUCAAAUUACCACAUUUAUGUUUAAAGUUACCUUAUGAAAAAAUAGAACAUGAUGGUGAUGACUAUGGGGAAGAAGAACGUGAGAUGCUAACUAAAAACUCUUUUCGUAUUUCAGAUGAUUUAUCAACUGAAUUCAUGUUAACCCCAUAG